GGACCAUGGUCGUAUUAUAGAUCCCCCAGCCGGAGGCGGUACCGGAAAUCGUCUACCGGUGUGUUGAGGCAAGUGGAUGGGAUGGGUUGAGGGCGGGAGAAGAAAAGCUGAUAGCGCAUGCGGUGUUACCUGGAAAAGAGAGAAAAUAGUUACACCGCGCUUCCCAAAUCUGCAACAAGACGACUGGGAUUGCGAAUGAGUAAUUCUCAGCCUUUGUUAAAGAACAUCUGAACUUUUCCGAGCCAGUGAAGUAUCGUAUCACCAGGCAUAAUCAUGCUAUUCUCCUCAGCUCGUACCUAGGAGUGCUCGCAUGAGGGGUACCUGCAAACUUACAGCAAGAUAACCGUCUUCAACCACCGUUAAACAAAGCAACAAAACAGUCUCCCACACUGUCGAAAUCACAUGCCUCCCGUUGUCCCAGAAAUCCCAAGACAAGGAAGCGAUGGCAUCCCUUUCUCGAACUUCUCGAACUGAAAACCCCCCGUCCCAUUGGAAGCAAGUGGAUCUCCCUUGUGGGCCCCUCCCCGAAGAUCGACAGGAACUCCGCCAACAUGAUUCGUCAGCCUUGCUCCCGUCGCGCCCCACUGGGUCUCGCAUUCAGUUCCCAGGUGUCAUCAUCUCGCAGCUCUCGCUUACAGCCUUGCACCCUUCUUGUUGCCAAACCUCCAGAUGGCCUUUUGAAGGUCGUCGAGUUGCAAAACAACUUUGCCGAGCGGAGCGGAUGAUACCCCCAUGAUUUCCUAGUCCUGCUUUUUGCAACAUCGUUUCCAGCGCGACCGCUUUUUCUUGCCUUUCGCGUUCGGCGCCCCCGGCUCGGUGCAAUUCACCACCAAAAUGGCAGCCAACAACAGCAACACCACCGAGCGCCUCGUCGCAGCAGCCACCCAGCUCAUAUCCCUCCUCUUCACCACCGCGCGCGAACAGCCAAUCCGGUUGUUCUUUCUAUUCGUCUUUCCCCUAGCCCUCUUCGGCAUAAUCUCUAUCUACCUCCUCCUCCACCUCCUAGCCCCCAAACCCCGCCCCCCCUACCCCUCGGAAAAAACCUACCUCACCACCCUGCCCUCAGGCGCCAUCUCCCCCCCAAGACCCCUCCCCUGCUGGUACGACCGCUGGCACGCCGAAGGCUGCCUCAAAGAGCAAUACCCCACCGUCCCGGACGGGUUCGACGUCCCCGACCAAGCCAGCAUCGAGCCCGCAGAGGUCGAAGUGAGCGUUGUCGUCCCUGCCUACAACGAACAAGACAGGAUAGAAGUCGCUCUCGAAGAAAUGGUCGAGUAUCUCGACACGAAUUUCGGGCGCGGUCAGGAAGGAGGGUCCGGGAGGUUGUUGCCUACGUUGGAGAGACCUAAGCCCGGAGCAGGGACGCCGGGAUCGAGACCGUCGACGCCGCACAGGUUGGUCUUCAAGUGUGAGAAUGCACUUGGUGGGGGGAGGGGGCAGUCACCGCCGAGGGAGCGGCCGCCGAGGGGGUAUGAGAUUAUUGUUGUUGAUGAUGGGAGUGAGGACAGGACGGUGGAGGUGGUGUUGGAGUUUGGGAGACGGCGUGGGUUGCAUGAUGUGCUCAGGGUGGUGAGUCUGGAGAAGAAUAGAGGGAAGGGGGGGAGUGUGACGCAUGGGUUGAGGCACGUGAGGGGGAAAUACGCCGUCUUUGCCGACGCGGACGGGGCGUCUAGGUUUAGCGACCUGGGCCGCCUCAUUGAAGGUUGUGAGGAUGUUGUUGAUGGAUCCAACCGGGGCGUUGCCAUUGGCAGCAGGGCUCAUCUUGUCGGGAGCGAAGCUGUCGUCAAGAGGUCGGCCAUUCGGAACUUUUUGAUGAGGUCGUUCCACUUUGUACUCAUGAUCCUCACCCCGCCGGCGACGUCGAGGAUACGGGAUACGCAGUGCGGGUUUAAGCUGUUCUCGAGGGCGGCGCUGCCGCAUAUUGUGCCGUAUAUGCACGCUGAGGGCUGGAUUUUUGAUAUUGAGAUGUUGAUGCUGGCGGAGAGCGCGCCGGCGACGCCGGUCCUGGCGAGUGAUGGGAGCGUGAUUGGGACCAGUUAUGGGAUCAAGGUGGCGGAGGUGCCGGUUGGGUGGGAGGAGGUGGGCGGGAGCAAGAUGAGUCUUGUGAAGGACAGUGUUAGGAUGGCGGUUGGGUUGGCGGUGCUGAGGGCGAGUUGGAUGCUGGGGGUUUAUAGGAGGAGGUUGACGUAGUUUUGGUAGGGGGGUUUUACGGCUGGUGUAUAUGUUGUAAUAUAUGGGAAUCUGUGUUGUCUUUCAGGGCUUUGGACUUUGGAGGUGUAAAGUGUGAUUGUUAUAUGGGAGUUUGUAGUGAGAAUAUAUCUCGGGGUUGAGACUUGAGGGGUGUGGUUUGGGUAUCUAGAAUCACGCGCUGGGCUUUAUCUAUACAUUAAGGGAUGAUAAGUAGCAAAAAAACUAAAAACCAUCUGGCAAAAGAUUAAAAACAUACAACAUCAGGG